UGAAUAAGAAAGAGAAGCGAUCUUCGCUUCAGUCGUUUUGACAUUAGUACUUUUUGGUUUCGGAAUUCUAUUUGAAUCUUUCGAUUGCACAGAACUUAGAGCAGUAUAGAAAUUAGAAGUAUCAGUAUUUUUAUGGGGUGUAACUUAAUAAAGCUAAUCUUAGUGGGGUAGUGGCAAAAAUUGGAUCGAUUGGCUGGUGUCACUGUUGCUCAACAUAUUUUGGAGGUAUGCCUAAGAAUGCAAAAUCAGCUAAGUGAUUUGUCAUAUAAUCUUGUCAUGGACUAGUAAGGAAACAAGAUAUUUCCAGAAGUCAUCUGUGAUUUGUUUUUUCAACAAACAAUUUCAUCAUCAAAAUAUGUACAAAGUAUUUACUUACAACAGUGCAUUGUUUUGUUUUUCAUUAAGACUCGGAAGCUUUUCAUUCACUUGAUAUUUUUAAACCAUUAGAUUGCAGUUAUUUUUGGGUCAUUCUAGACCUUUUAUGAUAUUAAUAUUAAUUAAAUGUUAUUGUAUUAAAUUCUGAAGAAUUUGAAGUAUCUAUUCUGACUGAAUACAGAUAAAAACAAGUAUUUGAGUAUGCAUCAUAAAAAGAAACUGAUACCAGGUAGUAUCAAGGAACAGAACAAGUCUUCACUUCUUCCUCUGCCUUCUCAACCUUUGUUCAAAAAUGUUAGAAGUAGCAUUUCAGGUAAUAUAGAAAAACAGAGAUCAUAUCCUGCUAUACAGCAUUUUACAAAAAGGCAUAUUGAGGCAGAUUUUAAGCCUUCCCUGUUAGGUCCUGGUCCAUUUAGAAUUCCACUUCUUUCUGACCCUAUAGCAUCUCCGGGACAGAUUUUUAAACAGACUGAUUAUAUUGAAGACCAGUUUUGUGAUGAAGCUUAUAUAGAAAAUUCAGUGUUUACUGAUCACCAAGGCAGUGAUGAAGAUUUCUUUGACAGCAGUACUUCUAAUAUUUUUAACAAUUUGAAUGAAAAAACUAGAAGAGGACUGUUGGAAGAACCUGACCUUAUGCAGUGUGAAGUGGAUCACCAAAGACAUUUACCAAUUAUAGAUAAAGGCAGAAGUAGAGGUCUACUGGAGAAGCCUGAUUUUGUAGCCAGUCAAAUUGAUUAUCAAAGACAACACUCUCCAUUUAAAGAUGAAGGAAGGAGUAGUGGACUGUUGGAAAAGCCUGAUUUUAUAAACAAUCAAGUUGAUUACCAGAGACAACCAUUUCCAUUUAAAGAUGAAGGCAGAAAAAGAGGACUGUUGGAGAAGCCUGAUUUUGUGGACAGCCAAGAUGGUUAUGAGAGACAUUCCCUUCCAGUUAUGGAUGAAGGUAGAAGUAGAGGAUUAUUGGAAAGCCCCGAUUUUAUGAGCAGACAAGUAAAACACCAGAGACAGUCCUUCCAAUUUAAAAAUGAAUUCAAGAACAGAGGACUGCUAAAAAACCCUGUGCAAAACCAAAUUGAUUACCAAAGAUAUCCUUUGCCGUUUAAUAAUAAGGUUAAAAGGAGAGUACUGCUGGAAAAACCUGAUUUUAUGAACAACCAGGGUCAUCCUUUUCCAUUUAAAGAUAAAGGUAGAGGAUUGCUGAAAGAGCCAAACUUUAUGGACAGUCAGACAGGUUGUUUGCUACCUGAAAAUGAAGGUAGAAGAAGAGGUCUUUUGGAGGAGCCCAGUUUUCCUGAGAGUAAAAGAGAUUAUCAGAAACAUAUUUUUUUUUCAGAAGAUGUGAUUAGAAAAAGGCAACUGUUGGAAAAUCCAGAUUUUGCAGAUGAUCAGAUUGAAUACCAAAAUCAACAAGUGUUGCAAGAUGAUAUAGAUAGAAGUAGAAGACUUGAGCAAGUUGAUGAACAGAAACAUCCUUUGCUUCUAGUAGAUGAAGAUGUAGGAAAUAGAGGAUUUGUGAAAGAGCUUGACACUGUGGAGUUUCAUGCUCAUUACCCAAGAUACAACUUGUCACGAGUAGAUGAUAGCAAAAGUAGAGUACUUUUAGAGGAGCCCAACUUUAUUGAUAAUCAGAUUGACUAUCAAACACAUACCUUGUUGCUAGAAGAUGAUGGCAGGAAUAGAGGACUUCAAGAUGAGUCUGACUUUGUAGAUAAUGAGGUUGACUACCAAACACACACACUAUUUGUAAAAGAUGAGGGCAGGAGUAGAGGACUUCUAGAGGAACCAGACUUUAUAAAUAAUCAGGUUGACUAUCAGACACAUCCCUUGUCACUAGAUCAUGAAAGCAGGAAUAGAAGACAUCUAGAAGAGCCUGACUGUGUGACUAAUCAGAUUGAAUACCAGACAUAUCCGUUGCUGCUAGAAGGUGAAAGCAGUAGUGUAGAACUUCUGAUUGAGCCUGACUUUGUGGAUAAUAAAGCUGACUACCAGACAAAUUCUUUAUUACGAAAAGAUGAAAGCAGGAAUAGAGGACUCCUGGAAGAGCCAGACAUUGUGGAUAAUUAUGUUGAUUACCAAACACACACUUUUCUAGCAGAAGAUGAAAGUGAGAGUGGAGGAAUGCUUGAGGAGCCAGACUUUGUGAAUAAUCAGGGUGACUAUCAGACACAACCCUUUUCACUAGAUAAUGAAAGCAGGAACAGAGGAUUGCUUGAAGAACCUGACUUUGUAGAUAAUCAGAACGAAUACCAAAUAUAUCCCUUAUAUCUGGAUGAUGAAGGCAAGAGUAAAACAUUUAUGGAAGAACCUGACUUUAUGAAAAGUAAUAGAAAGCAGCAAAGACGUCCCUUAUUACUUGAAAGUAAAUAUAAAAAUAGGGGAGUUUUGGGUGAACCUGACUUUGUGGAUGAUCAGGUUGAAUUCCAAAGACACCCUCAUUUUUUACAAAAAGAUGAUAACAGAGAUUCAAGGCUAAUGGAAGAGGCUAAUUCUGUAGAUAUCCAAGAUGAUUAUCAAAGAGAUAUGAAAGACAAAUGUGGAAGUAUUGAAAUGCAGGAGGAGCUUGACCUUGUGAAUGAUCAAAUUGAAUACAGAAGACAUCCUUUGUUACAGAGAGAUGAAAGCAUGGGUAGAGGAUUGCUUAGGGAACCUGAAUUUUUGUACAGUAAGGUUGAUUUUCAGAAACAUCCUUCACAAUCAAGACAUGAAAACAGAGACAGAAGAAAACAGAUGGAAGAGUCAUCCUCUCUGGAUAUUGAUGUUGGUAAUCACAGUAGUUCAUUAUUAGUUAGAGAAAGAGGCAGUAAAAAAGGGUUAUUGAGAGAGCCUGACUUUACUGACAGUCCAGUUAACAGUGGAAGAAGUAGCUUGCUGUUAAGAAAUGAAAUCAGAAGUAGUGACUCUACAAGAGGACUGCUACCGAUUCCAUCUACUGGAACGGAUAAUCUAACACAAAUGCAUGAAGAGCAUCAAUCAAGUGUAAAAAAACUAGAUGCAUCUUACAUCUCUGAGGAUGACAGAGAACAUAUGCUAACCCAGAGGACAGGAUUUUUUAGUGAUGUGCUUAAACCACAAAGUUCUUUGCAUCCUAAAUCAAGUAAAAUGAGGAUGCCUAAGUUUACCAAUGAAGGUGAGAGUAAUGAAAAAAGGAAUGUGAGUUGGAAUAGAAGACAAGAACAUGAUAUAAUUCACAGAGGGAUGACAGAAGUUAAAGAUGAUGUUCAACAAAGAAGUAGAAAAAGACAGAGUUCCUUUCAAAUGGGUUAUAAACAAGAUGUGAAGAGAAGUUGGAGAAAAUAACUUGAAGAGAUCUCAAAUUGCAAGUUGCUCGAGAAGUUAUACCAAUUUUUGUGCAUGACUUACUUUAUAAGUUUUGUUUAUUAAAUGACUACAAAAAAUCUUGUAACAGUUUUUUUAAAACAAGGUAUGUAAAUGGUCUUAUUCAACUUUGAAGUAUUGUUGCCAAAGAAGUUUUUUUUACCAAAUGAUAAAAUGGGUGGUACAGGUUUCAGUGAUUAGUUGUAUCAUAAUCAUCUGCAAGACAAUGUUGUACCAGUACAUAAAAUAUUAAAAAGUCUGCAUAUUUACCUUUAGACAACUUAGCUCAUGUAUAUCACAUUCAUACUAAAAUGAUUUAAAUGAGUGGUCAUUUUCACUCAAUUUAAAAAUUAUGUAAGACAUUCUGAAUUAGGUUCACAUUAUAGCAGUUUUUCUAGUUACACUGUUUUUCUGGAAUUGAAUUGUACAUACAGAAUAGACAUAAUCCUUUUCCAUAUCCCAGCUUGUUGAAGUUAUUAAGUUAAGGCAUUUCCAUAAUGUCAGUAAUUGCAUAUGAGUUACAGCACAAUGUUAUGAGAUAAAAUUAUUUUUUUUUCAAGGUAAUCUUGUUCUGACUAUUGUGCUAUUUAUGUGAAAUGUACAAGUUGUGUAUGUUUGAUUUAAAAUUACGAUAAUGUACUGUGUAGCCAGCAUGACUAUUGACAUUAUUUUGACAAUGUAGGCUUACAUUUUUUAUUCUGUUCCUUUAUUUCACUAAAGUAGCAUCUAGUUAAUAUAAACUUUUCAAUGUGAUUGGAAAAUAAUUUAUUUCAUUCAUAUUUUUCCUUUGUAUUAGUGUAAAUCUAUUUUAAAAUCAUUCAGAGGUUUUUGACAGUGAAAAAUGACCCCCAGUAAAUGAACUUACAAUUCUAAAAUCCAGGGUUUGAUCCCCAGUGAUGGGACACAGCAGAUAGGCCGUUGUAGCUUUGCUCUAACACAAACACACACUGGAAAAAUUAUUUUUAGUUAAAUGAUAAUUAGGUGGUCAAUGGGUUAAGCUAACUGUCUUUUUGUGAAGGUAAGUGUUCUUAAGGUUAUUUUAAUGUAAACCAGAGCUGUUAGGGGGAUUUUAGUAAAAUCUUAUUAUUAUACUUUUUUUAUUUCUUCGUAAUAAACUUUUGAUAAAAGAUAUCAAGGUAUCUCAUAUAGAGAAAACACUUAAAGAAAAUACUUGGAAAAUAUUAAAUUGAUAACAAAAUUUAUCUUUAAACACAAAAUAUUAUGAAGAUGAAAAAGUUGUGCAGAUUGAAUUCUGUUUCCCUUAAAAACAAUAAAAAACAAUGAGGUAGAGAGAGAGUUAAAAAACUUGAACAGGUUGGAUUUAUUCGUGAUAACAAGAAAAACUCCAAAACUUGAGUUCAAAUUUUUAUCAUUCAAAGUCUAAUCUUGGUCCAUAAUUUGAUAUAAUGUAAUUAUAUUUUGACCUGUAUGAGUUUUGGUAGCUUGCUUGUUCACAGAAAGAUCAAGUAAGCUGAAACAGUCCAGGUUUUUUUAUUUUGUUCUUUUAUACUUAAACAAGUUGGCCUUAAGAACUGUAAAUGUAAAAUAUAUAGUAAUAUGUGAUUUAGUAUGAUAUGAAAUAUAGCACAAUGCUUUCAUUUUGAGAUAUACAAUAAAACUGUUUGUAAUUCAAAUGAGAAAAUAUAUUGAUAUAUUACUACUUUUAGUGUAACAUUGUAAUUUAAGUUUAUGUUUUGUGUUAUAUAUGAUUCAAAGACAUGACAUACAGUAGUUUUAUAGAGCAGUUUUUUAAAAUUUAAAACAAAGAUUAAUUGGAGGGUACCAGGAUUCCAUCACAGAUUUAGAAUGUGGGAUGGUAUUCUGUUGUUGACCUAGAUUUGUGAACAUAAUCAGUUGUCAUAGUCACAUAAAAUCAAAUCAUUCUAGCAAAUAUAAGAAUAUAUAACAAAAAUUGUACUCACAUUUUUCAAAAUAUAAGAUUAAAAAGACUACACUUACUCUAACAUACUAAUUUUUCUUUCUGUACCAUGAAUUGUCUUCUCUGUCCAAAGCUCAACAAUUCAGUGUUUUUAUUACAAAUACAGGUUUACAUACUGCAUCACUAGAACAGUGUCUGCAACUUUUGGAGUAGACAAAAGCUUAAAUCAAUUGAUUUAAGGGUACUUGGUCUAAUGGUUAGUUUUGUAUUUAUGGUUAAAAACAAAACACUAGUAUUACAACUUUGUCACAGCUAAGUCUUUGGUGAGUUUUAUAUGGAAAUAAAUCCACUCUUAUGUUUCAGUGUUAAUCUAUAUAAACUAAGUCAUCUUACUACUAUGAUGAUUAUUACAUAUGUGGGGUGAAAGUCAUAUUUAAGAGAUUUGUCUGAUGUAAAUACACAAAUGUGUGUUUUAUAGUACUUAAGAAUAAUUUUGAUUUGAUAUCCCCUAUAAAAUGAUUCUUUAUGACAGAAAGAGUUAUAUUCUACCACAAAAAAAUAGAUAAUCUUAACCAGCAUUUUACAACAAAAAUAAAAUGUUUGAAUUUUGUCAAUAGUUAAAAGGAAGAAAAUCAUUACUGACUGAAGAUUUAUUGUUAUUAAUUGCUUUUAAUUACUACUUUGGCUGUUAUUAAUCUGUUUUGAUGAAUUUAAAUAAAACUAAGAUUUUAUCUUAGUUUCUAGGUUAUUUUGACUUUAAAGAAAUCAGAUUUGAAGACCAUCAAUAAUAUACAUUGACUGAAUAUAUUGUAGAAAAUUUUCACAAACAUGCAUGGGAAUAUAUUAAACAAUUUUACCUCAGUUUUUAAGUGAAAAGGAAGAAAAUCAUGACUGAGUAUAGAUUUAUUGUUAUUAAUUGCUUUUAAUUACUACUUUGGCAGAUUUUAAACUGUUUUGAUUAAUAUAAAUAAAACUAAGAUUUCAUCUUCGUUUCUAGGUUCUUUUGACUUUAAAGAAAUCAGAUUUAAAGACAUUCAAUAAUAUACAUUGACUGAAUAUAUUGUAGAAAAUUUCAAAAAUACACAUGAGAAUAUAUUAAGUCAUUUUACCUCAGUUUGUUUUUUAUAAAUAUUACAAAACAGCAUAAACUUUUCUAAAUCAAAUGAAAAUAAGUGGCUAAAAUUAAAUGUGUUAAUUCUAUGACUUUCUAAUAGUAUGAGAUAAAAUAUUUUAUCAUUUUUGUUAUUUCACAGAAUAUAAAUAAAAAAACCUCCUAGUUAAGAGUUACCUUUCUCCAUACAUAGAUGUGAAGAUAUAAAAGUUGUCAAUAUUUUUAAAAUUUUGAAGUAUACUUUUCAUAUUAUGUAAAAAAUUUAUUAACUUUUGAUUCUUUUUUCCCAAUUUUUCAUGUGUGUAUUAUUACAAACAUAUGCUGUAUAUGUAAAAUAGUUAUUUCAAGUGGCAGCAUUUUUGGGAAGUAAUAAAGACAUGUAAACAUUCACCUUGCCAUUUGUAUAUGUAUGAAAUUUAUGUCAACCACUGUUGGAGUAACCAUUUGAUUGUUUGAUAUUUAAUAACAUUGAUGAUCAGCACCGUAGUAAAACAUUAAAACUGAAAUUUAUUUAGGUUGUACUUGUGUUAUAUUUUUGAAGCAGUCCUAUAAUAUGCUUAAAGUUUAAAGUAGUGGUUGUGGUAGGUGUAUAUUAAUUUUUUGUGCUUAUGUUUUGUAUUAACAGGAUUUACUGAUAUGUUUACUGUGUGUAUGCACUGAAACAGUUGAAUGUUUUCAAGUUAUCUGUAUUCAUGUUUUGUUUAUUGGUCCACUUUUGACAUGGAUUUUUUGUCAGUACAUGUAUAUAAAUAUGUGGAUAUCUAUAUAUUUGUUUUAGUUGAUUGUCAACUGGUAGACUCGCUGGUUAAAGUUUUUUUGUUUUUCCUGUUGUAAAAUGUACUGUUUUAAUAUAGCUAAUUAGACUUUCUUGAAUAAAAAAGUUCUACUUAAAAUGAAAUUUUUAAUGGGAUGUGUUUCUUUUACAUGUAAAUGUUCAUGUUUUACAUAGGAAACUAGGCAGUCAAUAGCUUUAGCUUAUCAUUUAAUGUUUCAUAAAUAUCUUGUUUUUGUCAAAAUGUGAGAUUAUGUAAAUAUUAACUGUUUACGUAGUACUGAUCUAUGCAUGUUUUGGUUAAAAGAUAUACUGUUAUAUUCGGAUCCAUAUAUCAUAAAGAGCCAGGGUGCCUAAUAUUUAAAAAAAAUGAGAAGGGAGGGAUUGAUGUUGCCAGAUAAUGUAUAGUUGACCAAAUA